AUGUCAGAGCAAAAACGUAUACGGUUAUCAGGAGCUGCAUAUCGAAAACAAAAAUUAAAACGUGAUGAAGAAAUUAAAAAAAACUCUGGUUCCUUUGAAAAAUAUUUGAAAAAAAAUAAUGAAGUUUUAAAUAAUCCAGAAACACAUUCUAAAAUAAAAAUAAUUAAAAACUAUUUGAGGUCUUCUAUGAAUCAAGAAAGGUUAAGUGAUCUUGCUACAAUUUCUAUUGAAAAAGAAGUAAUGGAAAAUCUGGAGUUCAAAAAUGUACUGAUUGAUUUUGCCCAAGAAAAGGCUCGCAAAAUUAAUUUUAUUUAA